AUGGCUCAACCAGAAGACACCGAACCCGUGGCCUCGUCCCCAAAAGGCCACGGCCACGCUCACAACCCCACAAAACAAUCCUUCUUCCCAUCUAAUGGUACCCCCGAUCAGCCUCAGACCCAGCAACAGAAACCCCAAGACGACAGCUGGAAUGGCUUCCUCACCCAACGCCGCACACCCCGCAAAGCCAUCCCGGGCCUGCCCCGAACCCAGACCCUGAAACGUCAGCGCUCCGAGGUCCGCAGCCGCCUCGAACCCGUGCGUCCCUCUUCAGCCGAGAGACGAGCCCUCUCGGUAGACAGACGCAUAAGAGCUUCGACAAGUGCGUUUGAUUCAGCCGCAGCAAGCGAAAGCGAGGUCACUGGUAGACGACAGCAGCAGCCGUUCAGCACGCCGACCUCGCCGGGCCCGCCGCCAGAGUGGAGUGGUUUGGCUACGCCUGCGGGAUCUGCCCCUGCUCAGGGAGGACAGGGGGAUAAUAGUGACCUGGAGAGUUCACGGACUGAUUUGAGAAGCGAGACGACGAGUGUUUGGCGGGAGCAGAUCCAUCAUGAGCUGCAGACAGUUUGGAUAUUGAAUUUGUCGAUGUCGUGGAGGGAUAAGUCGAACCGGGAGAAGUUUUUCGUGACGUACCGGCCGCCAGACGAUCCGCAUAAUUGGAGGAGGGUCAGUGUCACGUUAGACUACAGGAAUGCGCCGGAGGAUUCGCUGGAGAGGAAGUUGAGCGUUCCAGGGAGGACGCAGAGAGAAAAGAAUUUUAUGAUUUACGAAGCAAUAAGGGAUAGCUUACCGGAUAUUGUGUGGAGCGAGACGGUGACGAAUUUGAGACUGCAGACGAUGGAGGGACGGUUGCAUAUUCAUGUUUGUGAGGAUCAGAAUGAAAUCAUCCGCUACCCCCCCGUCCGCCUCCUCCGACACCUCGAUCGCUGCAAAAAGCUCAAAGAGCGCGAAAUCCAUUUCGACUGCCACCUCUCCGGCUUUGUAUACAAAGUCCGUGUUCACGGCCGUCCCCUCGUGAAAAAGGAGAUCCCCGGCCCCGACGUAAUUGACGAGUUCCUCUAUGAAAUCAACGCCCUGUACCGACUGCGCCACGCCCGCAACGUGAUCCGUUUCCAUGGCGUCGUGCUCGAUAAUGAGGGACAGCAUGUCCGGGGCGUGUUAAUCAGCUAUGCUGCGAAGGGGGCACUGAUUGAUAUCUUGUACGACGAGCGCGAGAGGGGCGCGAAAAUCCCCUGGUCCCGCCGCGAGAAAUGGGCGCGCCAAAUCGUCGCCGGACUGGCUGAGAUCCACGAGGCGGGGUUUGUCCAGGGAGAUUUUACCCUGACGAAUAUUGUUGUUGACGAGCGGGACGACGCCAAGAUUAUUGAUAUCAACCGGCGUGGGUGUCCUAUGGGGUGGGAGCCGCCUGAGCUGAGGACCUUGAUUCACGCCGGGCAGAGAGUGGCAAUGUAUAUCGGCAUCAAGUCGGAUUUGUAUCAGCUGGGGAUGGUGCUUUGGGCGUUGGCAGCGGGCAGGGAUGAUCCGGAUGAGGUGUUGCAGGCGGGGAGGGGGUUGACAUUUGAGGGGGAGGAUUUUGCUGAUGAUAACAAAGUCCCGGAUUGGUUCAAGAGGGUCGUGGAAACGUGUUUAGCGGAGGAUCCAGCGGAGAGGGUAUCAGCGGCGCAGUUGUUGGGGUGGUUCCCGAAGUUGGGCGAGGAGAAUAGUGUCAGGGGAAAUGGGGGGGAUCAUGACAAUACGCCUGAAGGCACGCCGAGGGUGAAUGGCUGGGCUUACAUGGAGCGUAAUCAGCAGCAGCAGCAGCAGCAGCAGCAACAGCAGGAUGUUGCGGGUGAUCUGAGGGCGAGUGCAGACUCGUUGGUUGCGAGGCCGCUUCCGUACCGGACGAGGCAGAAUAGAGGGCGUUCGCCGCCGAGUGACUUGCCGACGGAAGAGGAUGAAGAAGAUGAUGGCCAGACGUCGCGGAUUGGGAAAUGGAUGAUGGGCGCGGUGUGGCAGGCCGAGGGCGAGGGCGCUGAGCUCCCGCCGCCGGCGGUGCCGUCGCUGAGUGAUUUUCUUCGGCCGGGGGGCAUCUCAGGGUCGCCGUCGAGGGACGCGAGUAGGGGCCGGAGUCAGGGGGAUGGAGAUGAUGAUUCUAUACCGUGUCGACACCCACUUUCUGAUAAUGAAGACGGGAUUCCGAUCCCCCAAUCGCGCGGGAAGGAUGCGAACGAGGGAGAUUUGGAGCCCGCCACGCCGAGGAGGAUAGACGGUUUCAUGGCAGGCCGGAAGUUCAAAUCGGGGACUGAUCGGGAUAGUGGGAAGUAUGUCGGGCAGCGUGGCGACAAGGAGAGGCGAGAUGAAGAUGACGACACGACGAGCGAUGAGGACAUGUCCAGCACGAGCACAACAACACAAGAGCAUCAUCGGCAUAAGCAGCGUCAGUGGCGGGGGCGUGGUGCCGCGCUCAGGGGGAGAAGACUCAAGAGCGAGAAGGUGAAGGACUCGAUGAUCUUGCAUCGGAAGAGGCAGGAGAAGAGAAGGAAGAGGAGGGAAGAGAACGAGCGGGCUGUGGAAGAGGACGAAGACACAGAGUCUGAGUCCAGCUCCGGGUCGAGCUCCAAUUCCGCCGCCGCCGCCGACGACGACGAUGAUGAUGAUGGUGAUGAUGACCGUCGCUCUCACCAUUCACGCCACUCCAGACACUCAAACCGCUCCAAAUCCCGCUCCCGCUCCCGCUCCCGAUCCCGCUCCAAAUCUAGAUCCAGACACAGCAAGCCCAAAAAGCACAAAGCAAACACCAAAGUCAAGAUCAAACAUCCCCGUUACAGCGCCGACCACACGACUUCUUCACCUAAGUCACCAAAGUCACCAAAGUCCGCAAAAGGUAAUAAUAAUGCCAAUGCAGCCAACGUUUCAAUCCCCCAGAUAACCGAGUCCCCCAUCCUCUCCAAAACCCCUACUACCUCAUCCUUCGUCCCUCCUCCCCGCUCUGCCCCCAUCCCUGCGCCUGCGCCGACCCCGCCGCCGUUGAAUUUUGCUGUCCCCGCUGCUCCCCCUGUCCAAGCUUCAGGAGGAGCUGGCCAGGAAGAGGUUAGUUUGAGUGGGAUCGGCGAUGGCUGUGCAGUUGGAGUUUCUGUGGCAGUUAUUACCAUCACCAUCCCCCACCCCAUCCACACUCUCAUUCCCAUGGCCAUUACCGCCGAGGUUCUCAUCACUCCCAUCAUUCGCAUAACGACCAUGACAAGUACCAGCUCCAGCAGCAGUACAGCGCUAGCUGGCAGAACCAGCAACUUGAACAAUACGGAAGCGAACACCUCCAUCCCCACUGGCAACAUCACCACCAAGCUCAGGGGUUACGGACUACCGAAGCCAUGGAUUUUAAUUUGGCGGCUGGGAUGGGGAGUUGGACGGGGCAGUAUCAACCUUCUUCUCUGUAUGAGUCACAUCAGCGACAUCAUAGCCAACAUCUUGGACAUCAUCAUUAUCAAGGGCAUCUGGCUGGUGUUGGGGUGGGAUGGGGGGCAGGAAUGGGAUUGGGAGCCGGAGAUUAUAGGAGGGGGGAGUUGA